GUCCAUCAUGACUGAGUUCAAUGGUUCGGAUGCUGGGCCCCUCGGCGUUGGUGACGGUUGUGUUCAGCCUCGCGACGGGAAGCAGACGGAACUAACUGUGACCUUCUUGUCGGAGGCGGUCAGGGUCUUGACCAGCGGGUGCAGGGAGCGGUCGCAGGCGCUGCAAGGAAGCGCGAACGGCGCUAGCAGCGGCGGCGGCGGGGGUGACGUUACCGGGGUGGAGGGCGUGCUGCGGGAGCUGCAGUUCGCUCUUGCCGAAGAGAUGGCGUUGUCGGUGGCGGUGUUGCGGCAGGAAGAAGAGAAGGCGGCUGCGGCUGCAGGGUCGGCGAGCAAACCCGCCACCGGUGGAGGAAUUCAGCCGCCGCAGUCAGGUGCCCCCGGCGGCGGAGUCGACACGGCCGGAAUGUCCGCCGCACAAAUCGACAAGAUCGAGGCCAAGCGUGCGGCCAAGGCGGCGAAAGAGGCGGCCAAGCGCGCCGCGAAGAAGGAGAAGAAGAAGGCCGCCGGGCUCGGGGUUGGGUGUGCGGAGCUGAAGCAGCGGGUGGCGCCCGCCGGGGCCGCCGCUGCUGUAGGGGCGGACGAAAUCGCGGCGAAGAUUGACCCCUUCCGGACGGGAGAGCAAGCGAUGGGCCCGUUCUUGUGUGCCAUGGCGGAGCGAUUGAGCAAUGGCGGCGCCCAGCGCAAGCCGAAGAUCGCCAAGGGAGCCAGGGAUUUCUUGCCCGAGCAGAUGCGCGUUCGAGAGCAAGCCUUCACAGCGAUCCGUAACGUGUUCAAGCGCCACGGGGCGGUGGAAAUCGACACGCCCGUGUUCGAGCUCAAGGAGACGCUUACAGGGAAGUACGGCGAGGACUCUAAGCUCAUUUACGACCUGGCGGACCAGGGUGGCGAGCUCUUGGCCCUGCGAUACGACCUCACCGUGCCGUUCGCGAGGUACCUCGCUCUGCACGGUGUCGGUAACAUCAAGCGAUUCCACAUUGCCAAGGUGUACCGGCGAGAUCAGCCCAACGUACAGCUCGGCCGUUUCCGCGAAUUCUACCAGUGCGAUUUCGAUAUCGCCGGCAACUACGGGCUCAUGGUGCCGGACGCGGAGGUGCUGAGCGUGGCGUGUGAGAUCCUGAGCGCGCUUCCUAUCGGAAACUUUCAGAUCAAGCUCAACCACCGCAGGUUGCUGGACGCUAUCCUUGACAUCUGUGGCUGCCCUCCCGAGAAGUUCCGCAGCAUCUGUUCGGCCAUCGACAAGCUCGACAAGAUGGACUGGGCCGAGGUUCGACAGGAGAUGGUGGAAGAGAAGGGGCUGGCGCCGGAUUCUGCGGACAAGAUCGGCGGGUUCGUCAACGGAAACGCCGGCGGCGCCAAGGAGCUGUGGGCGAAGCUCACAGAGGAGAAGAAGUUCGGCGACCACCCCGAUGCGGUGGCUGCCAUGUCUGAGCUGGAGCUCCUCUUCAAGUACCUGGAUGCCAUGGGCACUCUUCAGUACGUUUCCUUCGAUCUGAGUCUGGCACGGGGGCUGACGUACUACACGGGCUUGAUCUACGAGUGCGUCGUGGUUGACGGCGGCAUUAGGGUGGGGUCGAUCGCGGCAGGAGGGCGCUACGACAACCUCGUGGGAAUGUUCUCGGCUUCGGGACAAACGCCUUGCGUCGGGGUGUCUAUCGGCAUCGAGCGCGUGCUGACUAUCAUGGAGAAGCGGCUCCAGGAAGAGAGGGGGGACAAGGGGGCGCCGUCGAAUGUGCAGGUGUAUGUAGCCUCGGUGGGUCCGGGAUUGCUAGAAGAACGCAUGCGUGUGGGGCGACUCUUGUGGUCGAACGACAUCUCGGCGGAGUAUUCCACGCUCGACAAUCCCAAGUUCUCCAAGCAGAUGAACGAGGUUUUGCAGCGGGGAAUCCCGUUCAUGGUUAUUCUUGGGGAGAAGGAGGUGCAGCAGGGGGUUGUCCAGCUUAAGGAUAUGACCAAGCACACGCAGGAGGACAUGCGAAGAGAAGACGUGCCUCAAGCGCUCCUGGCGGCAGGGUGCACCCUUGUCACUCAACAAGCUGGACUCAGCUAAACAACGACAGUCCUUGUUGUUACUGUUAUGAGUUGUUUUCAACCCGAAUGACUAUGUGUGGAAGGGUUACGUUUGACAUCUGCGGUUGAAUUUUUGUGUAACAGCAGCAGUUGUAUUUCGCUACAUUUUCCCGCAGAUAGAUGUCGAAUAUAUGAAUGUAGUUGUUGCGGGAUCUUGACGUCAACGUAUGUGUGCGUAGGUUGGGCCAUCUAUCCGGUGCCUCAUCAUGUGUAGGCCCGUGAUCCCUUCUAUGUGUCUGCCGAGUAUCUCUAGGAGCUGAGGUAUGUUUCUGGCACAUGAACGUGUAGCCGAUAUAUACUAUGGUCAACGCAAGUGAUUUCCACUCGGAUGAUCAACAAACCUGUGGCUUAUAGCGACUGGUAAGGCUGUUGAACCCCUGUCUGUGUCCGCUUUGAAGUCCUGCGACGAUGGUACCGCACUGCACAACGAGAAAUCAAAGUUGGUGCGUGGCCUGCCUGUAGACUGGCUUCUCAGUGUUUUCAUUUGAUCUUUCCAGAGCGAACAGCUUAAUAGCUGCUUGUGAAAAUCUGGCAGUUCAAUACUUACCGAUCUCCUGCGUACUUGUCUUUCGUCGCUGCCCACCUGCGAGCACAAACAUACUGUACACACUGUCAGUCUAAACAUGAUCACCCUCCUCAUGGUAUGAAGGGUAAUAGAAUGAACUGGAUGGGACAGUGGCUGCCUGGUACUGUUGUUAUCUGCACAUCAAGGUUGGCGAGGAGUGGGGGGUGGAGUUAUUCCCUCGAUCAACGAAAGACAGGCGGGGGGGGAGUGUAUGGUU